UCUGAGACAGUACAACUCUUCCUACUCCUGCUUUCCAUUAUUCCUCCUCCAUCUUCCCACGUUCAUCCAGCUGUUUCCACCUGGAAAACCUGCUUCUUCUUCCUCCUCCUCCUCCUCUUCAUCCCCCUCUCCAUCACCGGCCGCGGACAGCCAUACAUGGACAAGGAGUAAAGACCACCUGACGCCUUCCCCCAGCUCACCAAGACAAAGCCCGAAUCUCUGCUUGCUGCUGAUGUCCCGCUGAGGGAGACGGUGACACUUGGAGACAGAGAAACAGGAAAAACAGCAAGACAAGCCAGAAAAAGGAGGAGGGAGGCUCCAGACACACAACCUCCGCAGCAGAGAAGCUCUGAGAGGCAACUUCAGGGAGCAUCAUCACAAUUUAAUAAGAGUCUAACAGAGAAGCAGGAAGCAGACACACACUUUUAACACUUUCCUACCUGGAUUUAUAUCUUCAUCUUCCAAAUCCCUGCAGCAAUAAACUUGUGACAGCAAUAUUAAAGAAGCACUUUAUUAUUAUUUGACACAGAUCCUGCUGCUCUGAGACUUCAGUAAAUUAUGUUUUUUUAAUGAAGAGGGUCCACGUUUGGAGGUGCAACGUCUUGCUCCGGACAGCUCAACUCAGAGGCAGUUGUAGGCUGAAAGUAAAAUAGGAAAAAUUCCAGUUAAUUCCCAAGAUUCCAGACAGUUUUUGGUUGUAAAAGGGCCAUUUUUACCCUGACGAGCAUCUUGUAGGAGUUGGUGGAGCUCUGGUUUUAUUUUGGAAAGCAGCAGACCAGAAGGAACCCGAUGCAGCAGCAUUCCUGCUACUUCUCCAGGUUUUUUUUCAUGGCUUGACACCUGACUGCCCUCUGACCCCGCCCCUUCCCCUUUCCUGCCCCCCUCCCCCACCAUCCUUUCAAAAUGUCCGACCACGUCGCCUGUAGCUGCUCCAACUGCUGCAGGAAAUCAAGGCAGGUAAAGCAGUAAGCAGAGUUUCAUCUAAAGCACUCACCUCUGGAUCUAUUAGCUCCACCCCCGGCUUCGUCCUCCCCCAGGACAGACUUCUCUGCAGGCAAAACGCUCUGAUGCAAGAUGGCAGCCGGCGUGGCGACAUGGCUGCCGUUUGCACGGGCAGCGGCGGUGGGCUGGCUGCCCCUGGCCAAGAAGACAAUGCCUAAACCUCCAGUGGACAACUCGUCCAGAUCAGAUGAGAUCUUGUAUGUCAACGUCAGCGGUGUCAGGUUUCAGACGUGGAAGAACACCCUGGAUCGCUACCCCGACACACUGCUGGGCUCCUCAGAGAAAGAGUUCUUCUAUAAUGAAGACACACAGGAGUAUUUCUUCGAUAGAGACCCGGAGAUGUUCCGGCACAUUCUGAACUUUUACCGCACCGGGAAGCUCCACUACCCCCGACACGAGUGUAUCCAGGCUUUCGACGAGGAGCUGGCCUUCUACGGCAUCGUGCCAGAGAUCAUCGGAGACUGCUGCAUGGAGGAAUACCGAGACAGGAAAAAGGAGAACCAGGAGCGUCUGGCGGAGGACUGUGAGGCCAACGACGCAUCGGAUGCCCCCCUCCCUCCACACAGCACCUCCAGGGAGCGUCUGUGGCGGGCCUUCGAGAACCCCCACACCUCCACCAUGGCGCUGGUCUUCUACUAUGUCACUGGUUUCUUCAUCGCUGUGUCUGUCAUCGCCAAUGUGGUGGAGACGGUGCCCUGCCGGCCCCUGAAGGGCAGCGUGAAAGACCUCCCCUGCGGGGAGAAGUACCAGCUGGCCUUCUUCUGCAUGGACACGGCCUGCGUGCUCAUCUUCACCUUCGAGUACCUGAUGCGCCUGUUCGCCGCGCCCAGCCGCUGCAAGUUUAUGCGCUCUGUGAUGUCGGUGAUAGACGUGGUGGCCAUCAUGCCCUACUACAUCGGCCUGGUGAUGCCGGAGAAUGAGGACGUGAGCGGCGCCUUCGUCACCCUGCGGGUCUUCCGUGUCUUCAGGAUCUUCAAGUUCUCGCGCCACUCACAGGGUUUGAGGAUUUUGGGCUACACGCUGAAGAGCUGCGCCUCUGAGCUCGGCUUCCUGCUCUUCUCCCUCACCAUGGCCAUCAUCAUCUUCGCCACCGUCAUGUUCUAUGCCGAGAAGGGCACCAAGGGCUCCACCUUCACCUCCAUCCCGGCCUCCUUCUGGUACACCAUCGUCACCAUGACAACGCUGGGGUGA